GCCGGAUUUCAUUACAGUCUUUAUUCUGGAGUGCAUCGGAACUUUUAAAGCUUACAGUGGAAAAUCGGCGAAGUUUUUACUAAUUUCAGAGUUUGUUUUUUCGCUAUGGCUUUCUAACUUGCUCCAAGCCCAGAACAAGUGUGCUCUGCACUUGUACUGCAACAAAAACAAAAUCAGUAAAAAUGGAGUCUUUUGGUGCCUAUUUUGCACUUUCCACUGUCAUCUCUGGCAGGAAUCGUGCCCGCUCUAAUUCAAGGAGAUCUUAUCGUUUCCGCUGUAAUAAUUCAAGGAGAUUUAGUCAGAUAAACAGUAGAAGACAUGUCUCUUCUGGCGGCUCUCAACCUCGACUUAGAAGAUUCCAUGCUGCAAGCUAGCGUGGCCUUCUGGAGGCCGGAGCAUGUGAAGCUCCCUGUCCAUGCAUUGGUCUGCAGAAAUCUGCCGGGGCUAGUAGAGAAUGGAAACUCCAAUAGGGCAGUGUGCAGAGAACAGACUGCACUUACAGGCGAUGGGUUUACCGACUGGAUGACUGAGAGGAUGGACUUUUCUUCCUUCCUCCCAGAUUCUGAUGUGUCAUCUCUGCAGGCCCCAACCCAGGAUCUGGAGACCAUGGCUACGAUGCUUAAGAAUGAGCUCGAGCAGAUGGAAGACUACUUCCUCGAAGAGACCCUGUCCCCCAGUGUUGCUAGACCACCUGAUCAGGUGGCGCCAUGCACACCCCCAUCACAGGAGACUUCUGUCCAGUUUGUAUAUCCUGUUGCUGAACUGGGGACUCCUGUACCUGUAUUCGAGCCCCUUCUUUCCCAUCCUAUGGCCUCCAGCUCGGCAGUGUUAGAAACAUUAGACUCUGGCUGUCUUGAGUUGUUGAAUUUGUACAGUACGGAUCCACAUAAAUUCCAGGAUGGAGCAGAGUAUGUGCGAGAGGGCUUUCUUGAUGUGUCUGGUCAGACAGAGUCACUGAUGCAGCAGGGAAAAGUGAGGAGCUCACGGCCUACACCUUAUGACCAUCCUGACAGCCCACUAAAUAAAGAUGUAGUUGGUUCCAAAGUCAUGGGAGCAGAUGGAAGGAGAACACAGGGUGGUGACAGGAAACAGAAGAAGAGAGAUCAAAAUAAGACUGCAGCACUAAGGUAUCGACAGAGAAAGAGGGCUGAACAUGAAGCUUUGGAUGAGGAAUGUCAGGAUUUGGAGGCCAAAAACAGAGAACUGAAAGAGAAAGCAGAGUCUAUUGAGAGGGAGAUCCAGUAUGUUAAAGAUCUUCUUAUUGAAGUUUACAAGGCCAGAAGUGAGAGACUCAGAAACACCUGAGAUUUUUAUUUUCAAUAAAGACUUGAGAUAUUCUUGCAUGAUUUUCAUGGACCACUUUAAUAGUACUGCAGGGUCUUCCAAAACUAUUUUCUUUAGUUGCAGCUACAUAGAAUAGCACUGAAACUAAAACAAAUGUUCUUUUAUAGUAAGUUUUAUAGUACAGUUAUCUGCCACAGAUAAGCCUUUCCUGUGGGCAUUUAUUUGUGAUUAUAUAUGAAAACUGUUUUUCAUAAGGUUGAGUUCUGUAGUAAUCUAUUUGUUUAUCUUUUAUGUGUCUGAUUUUUCUUUUUCUUAAGUUAAGCAAAUGCAUUUUGUAGGAUGUCUUAUUCUUUUUGUAAAGGAGUUAGUCAUUGUGUUCAUGUUACUGCCCCACUACUCAGAGGUAUUUGCAAUUUAAUUAAGUAGAGAUAGACAUAAUUAAAUGAAAAUGUGUUACCUGAAAGUGUAGUCGUCUAGUAGGUGUCGGUGUGGCUUCUUUGAAGUAAAACAUAUGUAGUAAUCAGAAGCAACCAUGUCUGUUUGCAUCUGAUAGAAGAGCAGGUAGGUUAAGAUGAAUGUUUCUGGGUUAAUUAUAAACUUGGUUGUUGCAUGUAAGCAUUAAAAGGAUAUGAUAGGUACUGCUGUUCCUUGAAAUAAAUAAUACGGAAGACACACUGGAGCAUUUGGGAUGGUGAGUAAAAGAAAUGUAAGACAAAGAGAAGGCGUAGGUGUGAUGCUGAUGUUUAGGGGUUGAAUAGGAUUGGAAAUUGACAAACUGAGCAGGCUUAGUGAUGAUUUUCUGUUCAUUAAAAAACUGUCAUGGGUUCUCCGAUAUGAAGUCCUUGUCACAUCUGUUAUUUCUUUGUUACCUCAAAAGUAUGUCUUAAGCCCGCGAUGAAACUGUUUGCCUUCAUUAUAGGUUGCUGUUGGGCUUUAUCACCAUGCAAACCACACAGGCUGACAUACAAAACAUUAACUGUGUCAGGAGGCAUAUUAAGAAGUUUUGAGUUAGCAAAAUUACUAUUGGGACCUUUUGCUAUGCUUCAAGGGCUGCUGCAGCAUUAAAGAUGUUUUGCAGAGAUGGGUGGAGUUAAAAGGUGCUGCACAAUAUCAGGAUUAUCUUGGCUGUAAAUGCAGUUCAGAAAGAAAGAAAUGGAUCUAUCUGAUCCAGAGACACAGUUUAGGAUGAGGUUCAGAGAUAUGAAAAGUUUUCCUUAAAGGUGGUCAGAAUAUGCUUCAAAAGAAAGAGUGGGUAACACUGUACUCGGUCAUUACUACGUGUAUACUUAGGUAAAAGGUAAGGUGCACUGAAUAAAGUGUUAGUGACAAAUAACUAAAGUUCUGUUGAGUUUCACUUUGCUUAUACCAUCACCCCAAAAGGAGUUCACUGUGCAUGAGAUGUAGCAGUACCUUGCCUGAACAGCUUAAGUAGGUGUUGGCUAUACAUGAGACUGUUUAUUUAUUGAAGUCCAGAGUGUAUACAAUUAUAAAUAUAUAGUCCACAGAAUGUGUCCAUUGCUAUUGAGUCAUAUCUGACAUAACAGAGGUAACCACCUGUCACAAGUUAUUGGACUAAUUACUCAGUACCAAAGCUAUAUAUGGCAUUUUUUGUAACAAAAUGUUGUUGCCUAAUGCUGUAUAACUGAUACCUUACCAGUGUAAGGUUUAAAUGUGUGUUGAGGCAAGUACUUGCUCAGUUAUAAGGGAUUAGUGUAUGGUAGUAAGGCACCUUCUGAGGAGGUUGGACCUGGGGCUAGCUACCUGAUCCCAUAAAACCUGUACCUGCUACAGGAACAACAAGUGCUGAAGAGUGCUUUUUGCCUGAUGUGCUGUAUGCACAGGAGUGAAUCCAGGAUGUAGUAUUAAGACCUGAAUCCAGGAUAUAGUAGUAAGACCUCAUUGUCAGACAUGCUGACUAGUGACAGCAAACGCACAUAGGGUCAUAGGUUAGUACUAGGCUAACUGCCCUCGUGGCCCAUUUUAUGCCUAGCCAAUUACCCCAUGUAAGAAUCAAACCCUGCACCUUGCGUCUGCAAGGUAAACAACUUAACCAUUAUGCCAACCUCCCACCCCAAAUAAUGAACAUUGCCAAGUCUCAAACCUAGGACCUGUACACACUAGUCAGAGCAAUGUAUCACUACACCAUCUGAGCAUUUAAUUACUUGCUCAUAUGUAAUACUUCUGUACAGCAGCAGGCAUAAGGUGUGUAUGCACUCGUAAUGUACAGUUUUGAUUAACUAAAAUGUAAUCCUCUCUUUCUCAAGAUUUGUUCUUUAGUCCAUAUGUGACAGAUAAAACUAUGAGGGAUUUAGGUAAUAUUAGAAAAUGAUGUGUAAUCAAUACUGUUAGGUUUUAGAGCAUUUUUUCUACAGUCACAUCUUCCCGAUUCAUAUCGGGGAAUAAUAGAAGAAAUGCGGUGUUUGAUAAAUUCCUAAUUGUUAAAUGAUUACUACAGGAGGAAGAAAGGAAGCAAUGGGAUUGCACAGGAAAAAAGUGGAGCACAGUUCUCACAGGCAUUGUAUACAGAGCCCUUUUUAUGAUGAAGCUUAUAACAUUCCUGAUCCACCGUAAGGGACAUCUAGUAUUGGAGCAUACUCAAGACGUUGCAUUUUAGGGCGUGUUUCUGUCAAAUGCAGAGGGAAAGUAGAGCUCAGGUAUAGAUGUGGGCAAUCAUUUGAAAACAAAUUGUCAAGCAGUAAGGUUCACAAAUACUGCAGUCAGAUGAAACAAAAGUGAGGAUUCUGGACUUCAGGAGAGCAGAUAAUGACAAAUGAGAAAGUGCCCCAGCAAAGACAGCAUGGAUGAAAAAGGGAAAUCAGUGAAAAUAAAUAUGCAAAUCAAAUUAAAAAAUCUACUUCACAACUUGAGGUGAUUAUUGGUCAGUGAAAAUUGUGUUUUGGGAAUAAAAUGAAACAAAGAAUAAAGUUGGAGAAUAUUAAUUAAUGCUGGAAAAGUAUUCAGAAAAGCAAAAUUCAUAGACUAAAGAAAGGACAGUUUUAAGCCUUGUCCAUGUAUGAAAAAAAUGUUUUAUUAAUUUUUAUGUCUCAUUGUGAUGCAAUUUAUUUUUCUUCAUAAGAAAAAAGGUUGUUUUACCUACUUUUUUUUUUUUGUUACUAUGCUAUAGUUUGUUUUUAAAUAUGUGGUCUCUUGUCAGAUGUUGGAAUUAAUUGACUAGCUGUGCCUGUUUAUACAAAGUUAUAUCAGCAUAGUCUGUGCUUUAUGUUUGUACUUCAAAGUGUUGUAUUGUGUCUAUUAAAUUGGCUUUUUUUA